AUGAGAGACCUCUCAAUGUCUUUGCCGAGGGAGCUUGUCUCCAUCCUGGAGCCCUUGCUGGCCUACCGGGUUGGGGACUACUCCCUCAGGACUUCCUACAAGUCCAACUCCUCCACGCUCUCCAUCUCCUUCGACCUUGGUCAAAGGAAGAGACCUCUGGUCAAAGCCCCGGCUAAGACCAAGCCUCAGAUGGCCCGAGCCCCAGCCCCUAAACCUCCUGCUCCCCGCCCGGCGCAGAAGAAAAAGGGGCCCCCCCGGGUAAAGAAGAUCCCUCCUCCAGUCCUCGACAUGGAGAUAGAGACUUCCCUCCCUACCACCCCACCGCCCCCGGUAGCUGCGUUGGACCUCGUUCCCCUCGACUCCAGAGGGGAGGAGCCCUUCCGCUCACCCGAGGGCAGUGGACAGGGGAGAAAGAAAAGGAAGAGGAGAGAACUCCCCUCACCCGAACCUGCCUCCCGUUUCACAAAGCUAACUGGCAACUUUUCACAAAACUCUGCAAUCAAACUGACCCCAAACAAAUACACAACAGUAACAUCGACACCUUCAACACUAACCUCACCAACACAUUAUUCGACAUCGCCAAACAAUGCAUCCCCACAUCCAGGCCAACCCCAUCCCACAACCCCGUCCCCUGGUGGAAUGACGAAAUCAAAACAGCCAGAAAUCUAA